AUGAAAUGUCACAUUAUGAAAAGAAAUUACAACAAUUUUAACAUCGAAAUAAAUCAAAUAACCCACGGUCAAAAAAAACCUUAUACAGAUGAUAUUAUUCUUUCAACUCAUAAAAAACAAGUUUUUUUAGAAAAAGAAAUAAGAUCAGAUGACACUUUACAGUCUGUUUCAUUGGAAUUUAACGUUCCAGUUUCCGAGUUGAAAAGAGUAAACAAUAUUCAUAAGGAUAAUGAAAUAUAUGCUAGAAAAGUUAUUAAAGUGCCUUCAAAUACUUUGUCAAUUUUAUUAGAAAAAGAUUAUUUUACAGAAGAAAAAAAUACAAAUGAAAAAUCUACCACAGAACCUAAUUCAGACAAAUGUGAUAUUAUCGUCGAAACUGUAAAUAAUUCAUUGGUGGCUAAAAAUCCAAUUGAAAAUAAUUUAGAAGAAAAAAACACACUUUCUCCUAAUUCUGAAAUAGAUGAAGCUCAAGAAUCUGUUUCAUUAUUAAAUACCACAAUUGAACACAAGACAAAUGAUUUGUCAUGUAGUGGGGCUGAUUGGGGAAUGUCAUGGCAUACAUUAUUAUGUGUUACGCUAGUCUUAGGCCUUGGAGGUCCAUUUAUAUAUGUAUUUUGGCUUUUUUGGGGUAAAAAAGUAAAAACAACAGGAAGCUGA